AUGGCCAGUCCUGCUUUUGGGCUUGGACUGAAAACUCCAACUACCACGGCCACCGCCAGUCCUGCUGUGGGUGCACCCGCCUUUGGUUUCGGGCUUUCUGCAACAAAACCAAGCAACACACUCGGUGCAGUCGGAACUCCAUUCAGCUUAGGAGCGACGAAUCCUACGUCUACGGUUGCCUCACCUUUUUCUUUUGGUUUAACCUCUACUCAACAGUCAUCUACGGUGGGACAGCCAGCAACCACCGGCUUUGGUACUUCUGCAUCGAUAGGCUCAUUAUCAGCUCCCCAGACAACCACAACGGUACAAAGUCCAUUCACUUCUGGGCUCACUGCGGGUUCCGGCUUGAAGCCGUUCGGCUCGUUGCCUACUUUUGGUGUACCAACAAAUCCGAGUACACAAACAACACAAAAUACCACCCAGUCAUCCGUCGCCGGUUCAUUUCAGUCUCCUUUGCAGUCGCCAUUGAAACUUCCUACCACAUCCACAACACCGUUGGGUACUCUCACCGGAUCAAUUGGAACUCCAAGCACGACUACCAGCGCACCUUCACAAAUAGGUUUGGGAACUACUACAUCCCAGUCAUCAUCAUCAUUGCCAGUUCUCGGUACCCCGUCCACAGCAAACACAACCCCCACUGUUGGUACUGCUCCAGCAACUGCAGCUACAUCAAUAAGUGCCGGAUUCGGUUUGAGCACCUCACUUUUCAAGAGUACUCCUACCACCAGCACAACAGCAACCACUGCUGUGAGUACUAUUGGGUUGGGCCUUACCACAUCUAGUCUGGCACCUGCAACUUCCGCAGUCAGUGCGACAUCCACUAGCACAACAGCGGUCACAACUGGUCCGGUCCAGACAACUGCGACUGCAAGCAAGACUACAACACUGACAUACAAUCAGUUGGAAGACUUGAUCAACAAGUGGGCAUGUGAAUUGGAGGAUCAAGAGCGUUAUUUUUUUGACGAAGCCGAUCGAAUCGUUCAGUGGGACCAGGCACUGAUUAACAACGGAGAAAAAAUAACAACAUUGUACGAGAAGGUAGAAGGAUGCAAAUCGGAACAACUUCAAAUAGAAAAGGAAUUAGAUCUUAUCGAGAACCAACAAAAGGAAUUAGAAAACUUGUUAGAACCUCUGGAGCGGGCCGCGAACGAGCUUCCACCUGGCCAGCUUCAUUCUGAUUUCGAGCGUGAAGCGAUCUUCCAGCUGGCUUCUAACGUGGAUCUCGAACUGGGUCAGCUGUUAUCCGAUCUGAGGGAAAUAGCCGAUCAAGUGAACUCGAACACUGCUCGUCUGGGGCUUUCUGGAGACUCAAGUACAACAGAGAGUGGAACGAAAGAUAACGCUGCCAAACUGAUCAAAUCGUUUAAUCAGUCUGGAGACGGUUCGGGCGCGAUACAACAAUUAACACGCAUUUUGAAUUGUCAUAUGCAUUCUUUGAACUGGAUUCAUCAUAACAGUCAGGAGCUGAUGGAACGCCUCAAAGUGUUGGAAGCCAGUCAGACAAUGUGA